AUAAAAUGUCAAUUUUAAACUAAAGCCGACACAAAUUCUGAACUGAAAUAAUUCUUAAUUCUAACAACAAAUCUAAUAAUAUUAAACCUAUGGGUAGAACCAGAAAAUAUAUUAUUGAAAAAAGAAAAGAGAAAUAAUUAAAGUAAAUAGUGGAGGUAUUGUGAUUUUUUUUUUCAAAUUAGAGGCUUCAGCUUCCAUCAUUUUUUGUUAUUAAAAUUUAACGAAAAUAUUAAUUCUUGGAUUAUUUCAAGUGGAGAAAAUACUAAUUUAUUAACAAAAAUGGCGGUUAGCUGGAAAUUAGAAAAUACGAAAACAAAGGAAGUAGUUGACAUUGAAAAGUCAGUAUUUAAAAUAGGAAGACAUCAAGGCGCAGAUUUAAAAUCAGAAAGUGUUACUCUUUCCAGGGAACAUGCAGAAAUUUUACAAACUGAAGAUGGUUUCCUAUAUGUGAAAGAUAAUGGGACCAUUAAUGGUACUUACAUCAAUGAGCAAAGAAUAAGUCCAUUAAGGAACGUCCCUUUAAAGCAUGGAGAUAAUAUUGUGUUUGGAGUAUUCAGCCUGAUGAAAAAACCAAAUUUUCGAGGCCCUUACUUGACCUAUAGGGUCAUUAAAGAGUCUGUAGAAGACAAGAUUGCAGAUUACACGAUGAAUGAUGAUGACAUUGCAAUCAUAAUAUCGGACGAUGAAGAUGAUGACUUAUCUAAGAGUCAGAUUUUUCAUAUUUCGGAAAGAAUAAAAUCUGAGCCAAUAUUUUCAGAUCAAUUUCUUGAUCCUUACAUAGAUAUUAAGGAAGAGGUCAAAGAAAUGGACUACUGCAGUCAGUUCUACCAAAAGGUAGAUUUAACGGAGAAAGACCAUUUUGACAGUACAUCGGACCUCCUUCAGUUAUUGGAAUCUGGAACAGCCAAUAGUAGGGAAGCGGUAACAGAUAAAAAUAUUGAGCAAAAUAUUUCCGAUAAAUCUGAUGAAAGUAUUGAGCAAAAUAUUUUUGAUAAAUGUGAGAAGGAACUUCGUGUCGUUUUGGCAAGUCUUCCAGUACCAGAGGAGGAAGUAAUAGAUCUUGAUGUUACUCCAAAUAAAGAACAAACGUUAAACGCUUCGGAAUCGGUCCUGGGCGAAUAUGCACAAGUAAACGGGGACGAACAAAAAAAUAACAAGAAACUUCACGUUGUUUUGGAAAGAGGGGCGAAAGUGAACACGGACGAACAGAAAGCUGACAAGAACCUUCACGUUGUUUUGGAAAAGAUUACUGCACCGAAACAGAUUAAACCUCCCUUGGUUGAGCCUCAUUUUGAAGAAAGCCCCAGAAAUAGAAGAAAGACUCUUAAAAGAAAGUCUUUAGAUGAUAGUAAAGAGGAGCCAUUCAAAAAACCAAAUAAUAAUACAUCGUUAGAAAUUGCCGAAACGUCGAUGCGAGAAACGAGGAAACAAAGAUUGCGUGAGAUUGCAGAUAAGGCCGAGAAAAAAACACCUUCACCAAAAUCCAUCAAAGGAAUUGCAAAAGUAAAAUUGUCAGAAAGCAGAGGUGCGUUUCUUAUACAAUCUAAUACUGUACCUGCAUCGACUAAUGUAGGUAAAUCUUCUAAGGAUCCUAGACUGAAUAAACCAGAAUCUAAACCAGUUAAUAAUACUACUACGCGUAAACCUCUUGAAACAAAAGUCAACAAUCGUUUGCCUCCAGUAACGCAGAAUAUUAGUCUACCAGGAAAAGAAAAGGUUGGCUUGAUCUAUCAAAUUUCGAAUCGUAAUGCUGCAGUGGCAAUUCCAACGAAUGUCAGAAGACACUAUGACCUGAGCGAUGACAUUAACGUGAUGCUUUAUUGGAAUGUGACCUGGAUUUUGGAACAAAGCAAAGGAAUUAGAAGUCCCCCUGUGACUGAUAACAAACCCGCGGUAAGAAUACCGUCAACAUUUCGUAAUAUUCAGCAUUACCUAGAUGUAAUGAAACCGUGUAUUCUAUUAGAAGCUUGGCAGUAUAUUUUUCAAAGCACAUUUAGAAAUGAUGAAGGAAAGCAAAAUAUACCAUACCAUUACGUUCGUGUAGAACAUACAAGAAGGUGUGAGAAGACAGUGACUUUUGAUUGCGUGUCGGAAAAUACUUCCUUUAGACCUGACGAUUUGUGUGUGGUAAAUUUUUGUGUAUCGAUCAAUGGGUCAAGGCACUCUAAAGAUAAUUUUGGAUAUAUUACAAAUGUACAUAAUAGGGAUAAAUUAAUGAAGUUUUCUAUAGUGCUAAAGCCACCUAGUGGGCCGUUAGUAGGUAAUAAACUUACUGUGAAAGUAAUAGCAAAUAUCGCCAACAUUUUGCGACAAUUUCGCACUCUCAGGUAUUUAGAACAAAGUCCAUUACUUAACUAUAUCUUGGAACCAGAAAGAUUAUCUACGUUAAUGCCAAUACACGGCAGAAUCACGAGAAAAGAGUUUUCGUUAAAUUCUAUACAACAAAAAACAUGCGCUGAGGCAUCCGAAUUGGCGUUAGGUAACAGACCAGGUAUCUAUUUAAUUCACGGCCCACCAGGUACCGGAAAGUCGUCUGUUAUAGUUAGUAUAGUAUUCGAAAUAAUAUUCAAAGCCAUGCAACGCAACGAAUCUCCUAAUCUACUCGUAACAGCUCCUUCAAAUGCUGCGAUAAAUGCAUUAAUUGAAAAGCUCUCCGAGGCCAGGUCCAAAUUAAACGAUAAUGAUAGAAGACAUAUUAAGUUGAUAAGGGUGGGUCCCGAAACUAGCAUGAGCGAAGUAGCAAAAAGAUAUUCCCUUAGAGAGUUUACGCGAAAAAAUAUAUUGAGUAGUAAUAAAAACGCAUUACACCAAAAGUAUUCUCAUGUUGCCCAUCAAAUAGAUGUAAAUACAUUUUUAAAACAAGAAUUAGGUGACCAGUAUGAUUAUAUUAUCAGAAAUACAGAAGAAACAUUACUCAGUAAUGCUAAUAUCAUUUGUACGACGCUUAAUAGCAGUGUCAGCUACAUUCUCACCAACAGAAGAUCGAACGUAAAAUACACUGCUUGUAUUAUCGAUGAAGCUACUCAGUGUACUGAAAUAGAAUGUCUUUUUCCGAUUAUGCUGAACGUAGAUAAAUUCAUUCUCGUUGGAGAUCCCCAACAAUUACCUGCAGUUAUCUGCAAUAAAGAAGCCCAAGAUGUCGGUUUUGGCAAAUCUUUAUUUACAAGAAUAUACGAGAAUUUUGUCAACAAUCGAGACAACAGCCCGAUGAAAAUGCUGUGUGAACAAUACCGGAUGAACCCAGCCAUCUGUGAUUACCCCAAUAGAAAAUUUUAUGAUGGAGCACUGAAAUCUUCUCCAAUUUGUACUAAUCCAAUACAGCCACAUCUGAAGCCUUAUUUAGUAUUCAACCUUAUGAACCCUGCAACCUCAUAUAAUAAAAGCUCUGAAUAUGAAAACUCCAAUGAAUUGGAUGUUGUUUCUUGUAUAUUAAAAGCGUUGAAUACGCAUGUAGUGUCGACCUGUAAAUACAGUGUUGGAAUUAUUACGCCUUAUCGAGCGCAAGUGGUUUUAAUUUCAAGAUGUAUAAAGGAAAUGAAGAUGAACGAUAAUGUAAGCGUCAAUGUAAAUACGGUAGAUUCGUUCCAAGGCACAGAAGAUGACAUUAUUAUUAUUUCCUGCGUGAGGUUUAGCCAAAAUUGCUUUUUAGCUAAUGAGCAUCGUUUGAACGUCGCUCUCACGCGAGGCAAGAAAGCUGUUUAUGUUAUAGGGAAUCAUUCUCUUUUCAAGCAAUGUCGACCGUUAUAUGAUCUUAGGGAGAAUGCGAAACAAAGAAAAGUUCUUCUUGACAUACCAAACAAUCCACUGUCGAUACCGUCAUUCCAUAAACUGAUAUUAGAUGUACGUUAAGAAUAAAAAGAAAAAUAAGUUUAUUAUGUGCCAGACUAAUUUUUUUGUAUAUAAUCCAGUGAUGAGCCAAUCUAAAGAAAAAUUGAAUGAUUAAUUAUCUAUUAUAAAUAUAUUUUAAUCGUAUUGCGCUUGUUGCUUGCGACAAUAUAAAUUAUGUGAUAAGAUCAGAUCUAUGAUGCUAUAUGUUUAAUUAUAAUAUGGAAGCAACAUGAUCUGCAAGACUUUGUAAUACCUUUUUGUAAAAUAAAAACUGAAUAUACCAGUGA